GGCAUAGAAGCACGAUUCCCUUUUGGAGGGCAUUACGCUUAUAACACAGACAUCCCCUCCCAAACGUCUCGUUUUUGGCUUGGACCCAGUUCCUUCGUAUCGUCGCCGAAAUCCUUGUAAGGAAGGCAGGGGCGUUGCCCCUCCCUUCUGCACUGCAAUCUGAACUACAGCGCAUAAAUCGCAAUGUGUGACGACGAGGAAGCAGCUGCUCUCGUGUGUGAUAAUGGCUCCGGUCUUUGCAAGGCUGGCUUUGCCGGGGACGAUGCCCCUCGAGCCGUCUUUCCCUCCAUAGUGGGUCGUCCCCGACACCAGGGCGUGAUGGUCGGUAUGGGUCAGAAGGAUGCCUACGUCGGCGAUGAGGCCCAGAGCAAGAGGGGCAUCCUGACCCUGAAAUACCCUAUCGAACAUGGCAUCGUCACGAACUGGGACGACAUGGAGAAGAUCUGGCACCACACCUUCUACAACGAACUUAGAGUCGCUCCCGAGGAGUCUCCUACGCUGCUAACUGAGGCGCCCUUGAACCCCAAAGCGAAUCGAGAGAAGAUGACGCAGAUUAUGUUCGAGACUUUCAAUAUGCCUGCGAUGUACGUAGCAAUCCAGGCCGUCUUAUCCCUCUAUGCCUCAGGACGUACCACUGGCCUUGUCUGUGAUUCUGGCGAUGGUGUGACGCACAUGGUUCCAGUAUAUGAGGGGUACGCGCUCCCUCAUGCCAUACUUCGACUAGACCUCGCUGGUCGUGACAUCACAGCUUACCUGAUGAAGAUCAUGACCGAGAGAGGCUACUCCUUCACCACCACCGCUGAGCGUGAGAUCGUCCGUGACAUCAAGGAGAAGCUCUGCUACAUCGCCUUAGACUUCGAAAACGAGAUGAAUACAGCGGCUGCCUCCAGCUCUAUCGACAAGUCUUACGAACUCCCAGAUGGUCAGGUCAUCACCAUUGGAAACGAACGUUUCCGAGCUCCUGAGUCCCUCUUUCAGCCUUCCUUCUUGGGCAUGGAAUCCGCUGGAGUCCACGAGACUGUUUUCACCUCCAUCAUGAGGUGCGACAUUGACAUCAGAAAGGAUCUGUUCGCCAACAAUGUGCUGUCUGGUGGUACCACCAUGUACCCUGGUAUUGCCGACAGGAUGCAGAAGGAAAUCACUGCUUUGGCUCCUUCCACCAUCAAGAUCAAGAUCAUCGCUCCCCCUGAGAGGAAGUACUCCGUCUGGAUCGGCGGUUCCAUCUUAGCUUCUCUGUCCACCUUCCAGGCGAUGUGGAUCACCAAAGAUGAAUACGAAGAGUCUGGACCAGGCAUAGUUCACCGAAAAUGUUUCUAAACUUAGUGUCUCUUUAGUUUGUUUAUGUUCAUAUUCUUUACAUUUUGUUUGUUUUCUGAUCGUAAUAAAACAUGGCAUAGU